AUGGGCAAACCGCCCGUUGACUUGGCUGGCCCAGGGGCUCUUCGGAUGCUCCGGGCGGCCAAUGGCUAUGGUGAAGCCCAGCCCAUAGGUGCAUUGGCCCCGUUCCGCAUCGACGCUAUCUCCAUGCCGGAGGCAGGCUGGGUUCCCGUGGACCUGGCUUCAUUGUGGGGUAGCAACGGUCAGACUCAGGUGAACGAUUUCGUUACGCAACAGCUUUUGCCACCGGAGAAAGCAAGAAUUAAGUUGGAGGCGUGUGGUGUUAGAGCACCUUUUUCGGACCCCCUUCUUCGGCAAGGCCGUGUGUAUCAUCAGUUCCUCCGCAAGUUGCAUGACUCGCAUUUGAUUGACUACAGCACAGCGCCUGGAAAGGAGCGAAUAGCUUUUUUCUGCGUGACCAAGAAAUCCGGGAAGUUGCGGCUGAUUGUUGAUGCUCGAAGGUCCAACUGCCAUUUUGCAGAACCUGAUCACACAUCGCUCACAACGGGCGAGGGGCUUGGGGCACUUGAGUUCCAGCGAGGCGACUGCGUCACCUUGGCGCAAGCAGAUCUGAAAGACGCUUUUUACCAUCUGUCCAUGCCAGGGGAGCUUCGGGACUAUUUCGCUUUAACUCCGGUGCGAGCUGGCGACGUGGGGAUGAAGUUCUUGAAUGGCCAGAAGCUGAAGGCGAACCAGCGAAUAACACCCAGACUUGCGGUUGUUGCCAUGGGCUGGACCUGGGCCCUUCACUUGCGUCAAAGCAUCCACGAAUCACUUGCAGAAAAAGCUGGGCUGACCAAGAAUUCUCGGAUCCGAGACCGCCAACCCCCUCCUGACACUCAAUGCUGCCACACGCAAUAUGUCGAUAACUUGAUUGUCGUCGGCAGUCAGCAGGCGGCAGUGGAGGCUGCGUAUCGCCGGGCCACCGAUCAGCUAAAGGCAGCCGGCCUUCAGGUGCAUGAUGAGGAGUGCGAAAGAGGGGGCAAGGUCUUGGGAUGGGAGCUGACCAGCGAUGCCUUGUUUCAGCCCAGUCGGUCCAGAGCCUGGAAGGUCAGGCUUGCCCUGGCAGGUUGUGGCGCGUGGCCGCUGCACUGGUUCCGUGAUGGAAAAGCUCGUGGGGCACUGCAGCUUUCUCUGUUUGGGCCGACGUGA